AUGUGCAUUUGUUCACUAAAAGAAGGACUUGAAUUCGAGGGCGCUGUCGUGUCAAUAUGCAACGUUCCCACAAGAGACGACCGUCAGAUGUUUCGGUAUAUCAUAAUCGUCUUUGCAUCGUUCUCUUUCACAUUCGUGUUUCUGCGCGUAGCAUCCAGAUUGAUCGUCAAAACACCUUGGGGACCUGAUGAUACGUGGGCUAUGAUAGCCUUUGUUCUGUUUCUAAUUUGGCCUUUAACCACAGGGAUCGAUGAUGGCUUUGGGUCAUUUGCAUUGUUUUAUAACAGCGGAACUGACAAGUUGCUCUGUCUUUUCAAGCACAUGUUCAUUUGGCAGAUGACUUCCAUUUCAGGUCUUACUGCAGCCAAAAACUCUAUUCUAUUUUUCUACCUACGGAUAUUCCCCGACGAUAAAUUCAGAGUUAUGGUCUGGUUGACGAUAGCAUUUAACUCGGUGUCGACGAUAGUCAUCCUUGUCCUCAACCUUACACUGGGAAACUCUGUAGGGAAGAUAUGGGAUGGUGGGGCAGAUUUAACUACCAGUUUCCAGGCCUAUAAUGUCAAUUUCAAAAUUGGCUUGUCAAGCACGGCGGUGAGCUUUGUUCUGGAUACAUGGAUGCUUAUCUUACCAAUGACACAACUCUACAAUAUCGGGCUCAGACAACGUCAAAAGAUCAAAGUAAUAAGUAUGUUUGGCAUGGGUUUUUUCCUCACUGUGGUCAGUCUUGUCCGGCUGGUGAUGCAAUUAAAAAUCCUUCCUAUUCCGAGGGUAACAGAUAAAUCUGCGAAUGCAAUUGUUGUUCUGGGAAAUAUCGAACUUUACGUUGGUGUUAUUGUAGCUUGUGGCCCCCCUACAAAUCAGCUUGUCCGAUAUAUACUCCCUCGGAUGAGACAAGGAACCGAAGCCUCGUCAGAAGCGAGUAGCGGACCUAUGUUUGUCGAUCGCUCUCUUAUGCCGAUUAACAAGAGCGACAUUGCACCGACUACGGGUACUGAUGGAGGGUUAACUGCUACGACAAUGAGUAGUACAGCUAGAGACAUAGUAUAG